AAAGGAUCCGUACGCAUAAUUUGUUUAUCAGCGCUCGUAUAGACCAGAUUUUUUCUUUUGUCUCUUUGUAAUUAUAACAAUAAACAUAUAAUCACUUAGUACAAAGUUCUGUAUUAACAAUUCCGUAUCUGAGUUAGAUACUAUACACAAUGCAAGUUUAAUUUUACUCAGUGUUAACGUUAUCUUUGGUGUAAACUGUAAGUAAUGGAAGUGCGGUUACCAGUCGAUAAAUAAAUGCACUGCAUUUAUAUUAACAAAAUCACACGGCCAAUAAACAAAAUGGGCGUCGGAUACUUGUACGUCUCCGUCAUUUGUCUGAUCACACAAUACAGCCUGGUGGAAGGCUUGUGUAGCAUCGAGGACAUGAUCUCCGGCUGCACCUACUCUGUCAGGUGCAAGCUCCACUCCGGCAGCAUCAACAACCCCAACUGUCACAGUGACCCCUACGUCAAGUUCAUCAUACAGAACACCACCUCUGAACGACUCACUUCAGCUUUCUUCGGCUCCACAAACUUUGACUCAAGAGUCAGGGACAUGAAGGCUGUGAACAACUCCUGGCGUCAUAUAGAACCUAAUGCCUUCAGAUAUUACACCAAAACACUAUACUUGGACUUGUCAUACAAUGAAAUUCAUAUUAUAGAGGGCCAUGUCUUCAAAGAUUAUGUGAAUCUUUACACUUUGAAUUUGUCUCAUAAUGUCAUUGAAGACAUAAAUUCCGAUAAUAUGUUCAUGGGGGACACUAAAGAUCCCGAGUUGCUCUCAUUAGAUUUAAGUUUUAAUAGGAUAGCUACUUUAAAUGCUGAUACUUUUAUUCGUAUGUUGAAAUUAGAGUAUUUGUACUUGCACGACAAUCUUAUCUCUGUCAUGUCGGAGCAUAGUUUUAAUGGUUUGAAGUCUCUGAAAUCGUUGUAUCUGCAAUAUAACUCAUUACAAUCCCUAAACCUGACUCUGCUGGAUGCGUCGAGUAUUUCUUAUUUAGAUAUUUCCUACAAUGCAUUCACUAAGAUCUCUGGCUAUGAACUAAAUAGGCUUACAUUUCUAAAAACUGUAAAUAUAUCGCAUAGUGACAUAGAAAUUGUUGAAGGCAAUUGUUUUAACCAAGCUUUUUCACUUGAAAAUAUUGAUUUAAGUUACAAUAAAAUAACGUCUAGCAUUGAAAAUUUCAUGUUUUUUAACAAUAAAGAUCUAAAACAACUAAAUUUUUACAAUAACUCUAUAUCAAAUAUCCACGACAAAGCAUUUGCGCAUAAUAAACUUGAAUACUUGAAUCUAGAAAACAACAACAUAAGUGGAUCUAUUACAGGUAAUACUUUCAGCGGGAUAAAAAACAUAACAGAGUUAAAUAUUUACAACCAAAACAUUACUGCCCUUCAAGAUUUUGCCUUUAAAGAUAUGGAAAUAUUACAAACAUUAAAAAUAAGCAGAAACAAGAUAAAAGAUAUCGGUUGUUCAUCAUUCGCAAAUUUACACAAUCUGCAAGUAAUUGAUUUAUCGAACAAUUUUAUAUCAAAUGUUUGUUUUUUCACAGAUACCUUGGAAAAUGUGACCGUCAUUAAUUUGAGUAAAAAUAACAUUACAACAAUACCCCCUAAAACCUUCAUAAACCAAACUUCAGUUAAAACUUUAAAUUUAUCAGAUAAUAAUAUUUUUACCGUAGCACAGUAUUCGUUGCCAUUAAAUAAGCUCCAGUAUCUUUAUCUUAGAGGAAAUAGUCUUAAAGGUCCAAUUAAAAAAGGUAUGUUUAGUCCAGCAAAAUAUCUUAGGUAUUUAGAUUUAAGUGACUUCUUUGUAACGAAAGUUGAAAAUAAUAGUUUUGUAGAUCUACCGCUUUUGGCUAGAUUAAAUUUAUCUAGUAAUAACAUAGAAGUAUUUGAAUCUAAUAAUUUUUUGGAUAUGAACAAUAUGUUUAGCUUAGAUUUAUCUUAUAAUUCAAUAUCACAACUGUCGUUUCCUAAUAGCAGUUUAAGUAGUUUGAAGGCACUUUACCUUUCUAACAAUAAACUUAAUUGCCUUGAUCACCCGUUCCAUAAUAUUUCACAGGUCAUCUACUUAGAUGUUGCCUACAAUAACUUUGUUGAUGUAUCUAAAAUAUCAUUUGAAGACUUUCCUAAUGUUAAAGUUAUUAUCAUAUCUCACAACCAGCUUAAAGUUUUCAAUAGUCCUAGAACGAACACAUUAACAAAGUUAGUCAAACUAGACUUAUCAGCUAAUCAAUUGAACAGUAUUAAUUUACAAUAUUUUAAAGACAUCGUAGAAAUAAAUGUCAGCAAUAAUAGCUUUACUUCUAUUAACAGUACAUUCUUUUUAGGUCUACAAAACUUACAAGCAUUAGAUAUAAGUCAAAAUCAUAUCUCUAAAAUAAUUCCAGGUACAUUUCUCAAUGCCAAAGCAUUAAAAGCACUAAACCUAUCUAACAAUCAUGUAAAUCAACUAAGAUACGGAAGUUUUCGUGGGCUUCAUAAUGCUGAAAGUAUAGAUAUAUCCAAUAAUUAUAUUCAAGAACUAGACGUCAAUAUAUUUCACGAAUGUAACGAAUUAAAAAGAUUAAUUAUUGAUUAUAACAGGCUAGAUCGAUUUGACGUUGAGGGAUUGGUGUCUAUUCUGCCUAAACUCACGACCAUCAGUUUGGGGGGUAAUCCAUUAUCUUGUAAAGAAAUAGUAAAGAACAUUAAGAAUUUCAAUCAAACGAUAAUAUUCAGACAGGUUGAUGUUACAUCAAUACAUAAGAUAUUUCAUGAAGACAAUGUGAACGGCAUUCGAUGUGGUGAUCUGAAUGAAACAGUCGCUUCAGACGAUGACUUCGUAGAUACAACAGAUAGUUCGUUUUCUACUGGGAAUAUAUUUUUCAUUUUGUUUUGUAUAGCUGCAUCGGCUUUCUUUGGAGGGGCAUUUGUAUUAUUCUAUACUAAAAGAUUCGAUUCUUUCAACAGAGGGAAUGUAAGAGGCGAAUCUAGAGCCCAACUAAGAGGUUCGGUUGAACUAAACGGCUCUGAAUUUAAUAGUGAUUUAUUAUCCUAACACAUAGUUUAGUUUAACCUCUUUAUCUGAAUUUAAGAACUAAACUACACGUAAAUUAUAGGUAUAAGCAAGUGUGUGAGUAAUUAUAAUUUGUAAAAUUCAUCUGUGAUUAAAUCAUAAUAAUGAGA